AUGAGUUCUAAUUAGUUGAAUAAUAAGCUAAUGAUGCUAGUAUCUAACGGAAAUAAUCAUAUAAAUAGCUAAAUUAAUAAUGCGAAUAUUUAGGCCUUCGAAAAAAGAAAUAAAAGCACAGAAAAAAUGAGGGAAUAGUCAAAUUCAAGGGGAGACAUUUAUUAAAACUAGUUAGUUAGUCCAUUUUAAAAUAGCAUAUCAAAUAAGGCAAAUUAGAGGUAAAGAAAUGCAUCAAGUGGAAAUAAAACUUAAAAUAGAUCAAAUCAAAACAGUCAAUAGGUUAUACAAUUUAACCAUUUGAGAGCUAACAGCCACAAUGAUAUGCAGCAUGCUAGAAAGACUCUAAAUUCAAAUGCAAUGUAGAAUUAUAGUUCUAAAAGUCCCAUAGUCUUAGAUAGUUAAGUAUUCAAUAUUUAGCAGAGGAAUGAAUUUCAAGAUGAUAUUAAAAGAGUGAUGAAUGGUUAAAUAAAUACAAAUUUAGGAUAAACGAGCAAUGGACUUGCAAAUGGCUAGAAAAAUAUUAAAAAAACUUAUUAGCAAAUUAAAGGAAAUAUGCAGAUCAGUAAUAACAAUAGUAUGAAUGGUAAUGGAAAUAACGCAACAUCAACGAGUUCAUAAAUGCAACAAUAAAAUAUGGCUAAUCAAUAUUAAAAUUAGCAAAAUCAUUCCUAAAAUACAUCAUAAAAUUAAAAUAAUAUCUUAUCGUUGCUAAAUGAAUAUGCAAAUCAAAGUUAGUAAAACUCGUAAAAUUAGUAAAUUAGUAAUAAUAAUGGUAACUCCUUUCAUGCUAUAAAUAGUAACUAAGCAUAAGAAAAUGCAACAAAUUCAGAAAUAAAAAAUAGUCAGAAAGCUCAAAUAAAUUCUUAAGUUGAUUUAAAUGAUAUGAAAAAAUCAUUGAGUGACAUUAAACUGCCUAAACUCUCUUCAUAACUCAAAAAAUAAUUGAAACCUGGAGUGAUUUAGAAUGAAUAGCCAAGAAGCUAAUCAACUUAGCCAUAGAGGGAAUAAUAUUAAAAUAUAAGUAAAAGCAAAAAUAAUGAAAUAUAGAAUGGAAAUAUUAUCAUGCAAACAGAAGCUAGUGCUUUGUAAAAUGAAAGUGUUGGAAGCUCUUAGAUUUUGAAUAAGAUUUCUCAAACUUAUGACAUUUAGUAGAAAAUGAUCACUGAUAUUGAAAAUAUUGAUUAUUAAAAUGGUAAAGUCUAUGGUUACUAAAAGUAAGCUUAAUAGUAAAUGAUGUCUCAUCAGCUAAAUGCAGAUACUUUAUAAAAUAAUUAAAAAAGACCAACUUAAUCAGCAAUAUAUAAACAACUUUAGUAAUCUAAAUAUAAUAAUAGGUAGGGCGAAAACAAUAGCUAAACUCAUUAAAAUAUUCUGAAGCAAUCGUUCUAAAUAUCUCUACCAGUUAAAAUGCAAAUAGAGAAACAAUUGUAGUAGUAAAAAUAAUCUUCAACAAUACAGGCUAACGAAAAUAGAAAUGGAAAAACCAAUGAAUUAAACGAAGAAAAACAAAACACAAUCGAAAUUGUAGGUUUAAAUUAAUAAUAAAAAUAACUUAUUUAGAAAAAUAAAUCAAACUUAGUUGCAUAAAGUGUAGAUGCAAAUUUCAAAAAUUACUUGAAAAACAGUAAGAAGAAAAAUAUUACUCCUGAUCCAAUGAGAAUGUCAGUAGACUCCAUUUAUAGUAACUUAAACGCAGCUAAAAUAUAAAGUGAAAAUGAACAUAUUGAUGCAAAAACGUUGUAAAGCACAUUAAAUUAAUUUAGAGUGAGGAGCUAAACACCUAACAGUAACAUCAGGAGUACAAAUCAAAAUUAACCAACCAACGCAAAAAAAACUCACACACCCAUAAGCAGUAGCUAUUAGCAAAAUGAUUUCAACUCUGCUAUGAACAACGCCUAUAAUAUGGCUAAUUAAAACACAAACGAGAACAUCAACUAAAAUAAUCAAAAGUAAUAAAAAUAACAAUCAAACUCUAACAUAAAACAAAAUUAAUAUUCAUACACAAACAAUUCAACUAUUAAUUAAAUGAACAAUCAAUAAGCAUAACAGUAGAAAUAACAACAAUAAUAAAAUUAAUAUUAAUAAUAGCAACAACAAUAAUUUUAGUAAUAACAAUAAUAAUAGUAAUAAUAUCAUCAAUAACAGUAGCCUGUAUAGUAAAUAAACAAUUAUGAAUAUAACUUAAACUUUAAUUCUAUUCCUGAUAACUAAAAUUUUAGGCAUAAAACUCCCAUAAAGCUAAAGCUAAACAAUAAUAGUCUGAUUAAAAUUUAAAAAGUUCCAAUAACUGAUUAAAAAGAAUACCUUGAAAAUCAAAACUUAAUGAACUCAAAGUUAGCAUCUUAAGCAAAUAAUAACAGCAGUAAUUUCCAGAAUGCAAAUGAUAAAUCUUCUUCGAGACAAAGUGAUAGCACAAACGAGGACAUUUAAGGAAGUAAGAGUAAAUUGCAAAAGAAUAAUUAUAUAGCAGAACCAGAAAAUAAUCAAAGUUAGCAAGGACAAGAAAACAAUAGCUCAUAAAGAAAUUCAUAAACAAACUAAAAUAAAUUUUAAAUUAAUUUUUAAAAAACUCCAGAUUAACAACAAAGGAAGGGUUAAGUUAUUUCCUUGUAGCAGUCAUAGCAAUAGCAAUAUUAGCAAAUUUAAAAGUAGACCUUAUAAAAUGUUCUGAAUAAAAAAUUUGACAACACUUCUCAAAAUAAAAAUCCAAUAAGAAAAUAUUAGCAUAAAACAAAAGCAGGAUGUAAUUAUAAUGGUCCUAAAACAAACUAGGAUAACUUUAUAAUUUACACAAAUCUAAACAAUAAAUAGGACAGAUAUAUUUUUGCUGUUUGCGAUGGUCAUGGAGUAUAUGGCCAUCUCUGCUCUUCCUUCAUCAGAAGAAUACUUCCUAAAAAAAUAGAGGAGGCACUUGCAAGAGAAAUAAAUAAUUUAGAGAAUGAUUUCAUUGAGAAUUCUUUAAAUUUAGCAUUUUUAUAGUGUAGCAAAGAAUUGUUAGAAUCAAAUAUCGAUUGCACUUUUAGUGGUUCUACUUGUGUCUUGCUUCUCAUUAUAGGAAAUAAAAUAUGGAGUGCAAAUGCAGGUGAUUCAAGAGCUAUUAUAUGCUCUUCAUACGAUAAAUAAAAUUGGGAUUUAAAACCCUUAUCAAGAGACCAUAAGCCAGAUGACCCUGAAGAAUAUAAACGUAUAAUGUAAAGAGGAGGUAGAGUAGAAACAUAUCGCGAUGAAUAUAAUAACCCUCUUGGGCCAUAUAGAGUUUGGUUAAGAGAUGAAAAUAUACCAGGACUUGCUAUGGCUCGUUCUUUUGGAGAUGUUAUAGCCUCAUAGGUAGGUGUCACUUGUGAGCCUGAAGUACUACCCUUUGAGAUUUAAGAAAGCGACAGAUUUAUUAUUUUAGCUUCAGAUGGUGUUUGGGAAUUUAUAAGUAACGAAGACGUUAUGAAUCAUGUAAUUCCUUAUUAUAAAUUGGAUGAUACUGAGUAAGGAUGCCAAAAAUUAGUAAAAGAGUCAACAACCCAGUGGAAAUUAAAUGACGAAGUUGUAGAUGAUAUUACUUGUAUUUUGAUCUUUUUAAGCUGA